AUGGCUCGUGAUUCCACCAGCACCCUGCUCUCGUCCCUGGAACCUUGCGCCACCGCCCCGGCGGAGGUCACGAUCGGCCAUGUGCAGCUACGGGACGUCGUCAUAUGCCCUCAUGAGAAGGGCAUCGUGAGCUACCCGUGCGAGCAGUCCAUCGUCGAGCACGACCUCAUCACGCCCAAUACCGUAUGUUCCUUCCAUCGCACGUUUAUGUUUUCCCCGCGGAAACUAGUGAACCUCAAGUUCCCUCCCAACACUAUCUCCGCACUUGUGCUCCCCGACACCAAUGAUACUCUCCUCGCAGCUGGCGGCCAGAACGGGCAGCUGCAUCUCUCGUAUUUCCGCUCCCCGGACAGCUAUUCGACACCUACGGCUUCCCGCCCGAUGCGAACUUGCGCGCGUGGGUUUGGCCGCAGGUUAUGGGAAAGCACCUGCGAUCUCAAGCACAUGGCGAUCAACAACUCGGUCAUGCUCACGUCGAUGAACUUCGCUCGCUCAAAUCAGAGCUCCGUCGAGCCACGCAUCGUCGUCAGCCACAACGAGAACACCGUCAAGUUCUUUGACAUCGCGUGGAGGAAGCACCCGAACGGAGACGCGAACCCGAGCGGCAACGACGGGCGCAUCAUCGACGUCGGCCAGCUGCGCCUGGAUGUGCCCGUCAACCACUCCUCCAUCUCUCCAGAUGGGCGCACCCUGCUCUGUGUCGGCGAUUCGUCCGACGUGCAUCUUCAUCGAAUCACCGGUGGGGCGAACGUCUCCUUUACGCCCAUCUCGAAGCUGUCGCUCUCGUCCCACAUCAUUCGCGCCCAUGAAGCGUACGGGAGCCUCUCACAGAUCUCCUCGACUCCCGCCUCGUUCUCGACCGCCUUCUCCGCCGAUGGCUCCAAGUUCGCGGUCGCUUCUCAAGAGGGCAUCGUCGUUGUGUGGGACGUGCGGAGUACGAAACCGCUCAAGAUCUUCAACACCGACAAGUCAAGAUCAACGGUGGAUAUGGGGUGGGACUGGAGCCGAACCCAUUCGCGCGCCCCUGGGUGGGGCGUGCGAAGCGUCAAGUUCAGCCCGCCUGGUGUCGGGAGGGAAGUGAUGACCUUCACCGAGCACACUUCGCUGUUGCAUGUCGUCGAUGCACGUACAUUCGAAACCGAAGAGAUCGUGCAGAUGCCCGGCUUCGACUCCCCUUCCUACAACACCCAGCCUCCAUCCUCCACCCGCCCACGGUCAACGUCACCCGCGCCACGCACAUUGUUCCCUCGCACCUCUCUUGCUGCAGAUAUCGUAGCUUCUCGCGUGGUGCGAAGCGCGCUCGACUCGUUCCGAGUACCGCUCACCGAGACAAGCGCGACGACGAGCUGGACGCUCCCUCCGCGUCGCUCCCGCCGGCCAACGACCGACCGCGACGAGUACGGCUCUUCCACUGCGGAUGAAGACCCGGAAAGCAUCGCCGUCAUCCCACCGUUCGGCGACGUCCAGCUCGACAGCGACUUCCGCCGGCUCCUCGGGGGCUCCCGAUACGGCCUCGGCUUGCGCUCCCUGACGAGGCCCUCGACGCACCUCGAUGUGGGGUCCGACCCUCGCGAGCCGCUCGACGGCGAGCGAGAACACGACCGGCCGGAAGUAGGCGAGUCUGAGAUGGACAUCGAUGAGCUCGAGAACGACUGCAUCUCCUCGCGCGUCCCCUCUCGCGCGGGCUCGCCCGCUCCAGCCGGCCCACCUGCGUCGGGGCUGGCCUCUAUGGGCGUGCGCCCGUUGCAGCUACCGGCUGGUCGCCCCGGGAUGAUGGCCCGGCGGGAGAGCGCGGGGCCGUACGCAUCGGCGGCGCGGCGGGGGUCCGCACGGCGGUUGCGGCGCCCCGGGGCGUGGGCGGGUUCUGGGGACGACGAGCUGGACAUCGCGGGGAUGUGCUUCGACCCGACGGGGACGUUUGUGUACGUCGGCACCGUCGAAGGUGUCGCCGAGUGGCGAGUGCGCGGGGCGGAGCAGCGGUGGUGGACGGAGCCCGGGUGGGCGUAG